AAUCUUUCGUUUAAUUUUCUAGUUCGAUAUGGCAAUGUUACCACCCGAUCCUGUGUACAGCUUACGUUGCUCUGAAAUGGAUGCCGUAAGUUCUGUGUGUUUCCACGGCAACGAACGCCUGCUUGCCGGCACUAUUAAGGGGAACGUUUUUAUGUGGAAUCUGCAGACAAACCGCCCAGCCUUCCACUUCAAGGUGGGUGAACAACCAAUUACCAGUCUACACCACUCGCCGGAACGCCUGGUGACCCAGGAAAAAGGCGGCACCGUAACCUUGUGGACCAUGAGCAACAACUGCUAUGCGCGUGACCGAACCAUAUCCGGCAAUUACUUGGGCUACUGUCACAGUGCCAUGCACAUGAGCCCGAAUAAUCCCCAUGGAUCGGUAAAAUUAUUUUAUCCGUGCGACAGGUCCACCAUAGGCGUCUUGCAUAUCACUGAUCCGACAGAACCAAUACAAAAACUUGUGCCUUAUGGCCCAAAUUUACCACAACUAGGCGCCGUUUCCUGCUUCACGUCUUUCGAGUUUUCAUCCAAUCUGUUUUUGUUGGCUGGCUAUGAAUCAGGUCACUUUCUCACAUGGAACGUCACUUUGGGCACCGUUGUGGAUAUGAUAGCUGGCUUGGGUCCACAACCUACGACUGUGGACUAUGAUCUAGUGACAAACCGUGGUGUUAUAGGCGGUGCUUCAGAUAAAAUAACUGUCUUUAGCUACCAGAGACCGCCGACUAUUAAGGUGCUACGCGGUACUGAAUUAUUAGUCCGGAAUGCUGGCUUAAACUGCGUCCGCAUACGGGGCGAUCGGAAGGUAUUCGCCAGCGCCGGAUGGGAUGGUCGCAUUCGGAUUUUCUCUUGGAAGAGUAUGCGAUCACUAGCCGUGCUACUACAGCACAAGCACGGAAGCAUCAUGGAUCUGGCCUUCUCGCCACAAAAGGUGGCCAUGUGGGGCGCUCCGAUAAUGGCAGCUGCGGGCAUGGAUGGACAAAUCUCGCUAUGGAGCUUAUAUAAUUAAUGCUUCUGCUUAACUGCUAGAAUGGCUAUUUAUAUUCAAGACCAUACAGGGGAAGUUCCUUAUUGUCAAUUAUUCAAGUAGAUGUAACAGUCAAUUAUUCAAGUAGAUGUAUAAUAUAUUCUUAUAUGUAUAUUCUUAUAUGUAUGUGUGUGCCUCAUCAUAAAAAAUGUCCAACAUUAAGAAGCCCAAAAUUCCUGACUGGAUCACUUAAAUAAAUG